AUGCCAGCAAAACAAACAAAAGAUUCAAAUGCUCCAAGAAAACCAUUAUCUGCUUAUAUGUUAUUUUCAGCUGAUGAACGACCAAAAUUAAAAGCAUCAGGUUUAGAUAAUUUUAUUGAAAUGAGUAAAGCAUUAGGUGCUGCAUGGAAACAAGCUGAUUCAAAAACAAAAGCUCAUUAUGAAAAAGAACAUGAACGAGAAAAAAUUCGAUAUGAAAAUGAAUUAAAAGAAUAUGAAAAAUCUGGUGAAGCAGCUCCAUCAUCAAAAUCAGUUCAAAAAACUCAUUCAUCAUCAAAAAGUGAAACAACUACAUCUGCUACAACAACAUCAAAAAAUAAUAUAACAACUGAUAAAAAUGAAAAACAUAAGAGUGAUAAUGAUGAUGAUAACGAAGAAGAAGAAGAUGAUGAUGAAGAAGAAGACGAAGACGAGUCUGAAGAAGAAGAGGAAGAAAAACCAAUUGCACCAGUUAAAAGUUCACGAAAGAAAAUUUAA